UCACGCCGCCCCGCCGCUUUAUAGCGCCGCGGCCCCGCCGCCGCCGCGCAGCAACAGGUCGCCGCGGCGCAGGGCCGGAGCGCGGGCCCGUCCCGGUCCGUCCCGUCCGGCCAUGCCGCUGCGGCUGGCGCUCUGCCUGCUCGCCCUCUGCACCCCCGCCGCCGCCGCGCACGGUGGGAUCUGCUGGCUGCAGCAGGGCAAGGAGGCCAAAUGCACCAUGAUCCUGAAGACGGGCGUCACGUGGGAGGACUGCUGCGCCAACGGCAACGUGGACGUGGCCUGGUCUAACUACACCUACCCGGGCAACAAGAUCAGCCUGCUGGGCUUCCUGGGGCUGGUGACCUGCCACCCCUGCAAAGAGAGCUGCGAGGGGGUGGUGUGCGGCCCCGACAAGGUGUGCAAGAUGAAGCAGGGGCGCCCGCAGUGCGCCUGCGCCCCGGACUGCUCCAGCCUGCCCCACAAGCUGCAGGUGUGCGGCUCGGACGGCUACACCUACCGCGACGAGUGCGACCUGCUGACGGCCAAGUGCAGAGACCACCCCGACCUCGAGGUCAUGUACCAGGGCAAAUGCAAAAAGUCCUGCUCCAGCGUGGUGUGCCCCGGCACCCACACCUGCGUGGUGGACCAGACGGGCAGCGCGCACUGCGUGACGUGCCGGACGGCGCCCUGCCCCGAGCCCGCCGGCCUCGACCGUGCCCUCUGCGGCAACAACAACGUCACCUACCCCUCCGCCUGCCACCUGCGGCGGGCCACGUGCCACCUGGGCCGCUCCAUCGGGGUCCGGCACUACGGGAGCUGCUCCGCCGCGGCCAAGUUCUCCGUGGAGACAGACAGCGCCAAGGAGAACUACGUGUGAUCCCCCCUUCGCCGAGAGGCCGGACCAGGAGACGAGGGCAUUAUGUGUAUACUGUACAAACCAUAUACCUGAUAUUUAUUAAGAUAAAAAGAUCCUUAUUUAUAGCUGUGUAUGUUAUGCAGCCGCAGGGGCCCGACUCCGAGCUCCGCCAGCCGGGGAGGAAGGGCGGAGGCUCCCGGGGCUGCUGCCGGGCCGGUGCCGGUGCCGGGGGCCCUUCCCGCGGCCGGGGGGGCGUCCGUGGCGCCGGGCCCCGCGGCACCACGUGUCCUUGGCCGGCAGCCCCGGGCCUAUUUAUUCUUGGAUGCGAUUCUCGGUGCUGCGCUGACGUUCCUGGCCGGGACCUUGAUGUCUGGGGGGAAUCGACGCUUUAUCUUUCACCGGAGGGAUUCAGCCGCAGCUGCCAGCAGCAGGGAACGCAGCGCAGGGCUGCAUCAGAGCUGAGAUAGAUAUAUUUUUAUAUAUAUAUAUACGUAUAUAUAUGUACGUUAUUUUUUCCUAACGUUUUAACGUAUGUAUGUUGAAGCCAGGUUUAGUUUAGGUUUUCCAGGCACAUCCAGAGCCUCGCGCCCCCGUGGGAGCCGAUGCCCCGGGGAGGGAGCGGGGCGGCGAGGGGCCGUGCCGGUGGGGCGGGCGUCCCGUGGUCCAGGCCCCGGGGCCGGCGGCUCGGAGCUGCCCGGGGCACUGGUCCCACGUGUCCCUUCCCGCAGCCCCGGCUCUGUCCACACCCGCUGUAUUUAUUUUUACUCCUCUCUCAUUUUGUGUGUGUUUUGUGACCUGUGUAAAUACUGUCUUGUCUCUGACACCGAGGAACUAUUGCCUUUAUACAAAUACCAUAUAUAUAUAAUAUAUAUAUAUAAAUACCCUAUUUUCUA